UGAAGAAAGACCGCGAAAGAGCAUGUUCUCUGCGCGAAGCUCUGUUUUCGUUCUGCUUCAUUUUGUUUGUUUGUGCAGUUGUUGGCGUAGGUUACCGCUUCAUUGUUCCGUGUUUACUGAAUACUCUUUGAGUAUUUGAUAACACAAACAAUUUAAAAAUAAUAGUGUUCAGGCGAUCAAAACAAUGUGAACAAUUUACAAUUAAAUUACGAAUUCGUCUAACCAACAAUCCACAAUGUCGUCCAAAACAAAGGCAUCUCUUGACUGGAAGAAGCGAGUGAAGACCGAAUAUCUCAAACUACGCCAAGCAAAACGCUAUAAGAGAGCAGAUGAAGUGAAAAUAAAUUGGAAUCAAAACAGGAAUAAAAUGGCAGAGGUGAUUAUUGCAGAGCAAAAGAAGUGGACUGAAUGUAAAGCCACUUGGGUUAUGACACCAGAUCCUCCACCACAUGUUCCAUGCAUGAAAAAAGCUGAAGUAAUUGGGAAUGAAGGUGAUAUCCAAGUCAUUCCAAUUAAAAUUAUAAAUGCUGUUACUCCAAUUCCCACCAUGUAUACAUGGGCACCAAUUCAACAGAACUUCAUGGUUGAAGAUGAGACUGUUUUACACAAUAUUCCAUACAUGGGGGAUGAAAUAUUAGACCAAGAUGGCACUUUCAUUGAAGAACUGAUAAAGAAUUAUGAUGGCAAAGUGCAUGGUGACAGAGAAUCAGGUUUCAUUGAUGAUCAACUAUUUGUUGAACUUGUGCAUGCAUUAAUGACUCAUCAAGAUAAAGAUACAAAAGAUACUGAUAAGAAAGAUGAGGAAAAGAAAAAAGAUGUUGGCAUUGAUAAAGAGAAGAAAAUUGAGGAAACACCUGUGGCAACUGCUUCAACAAAAACUGGAGAAUUUCCAGCUUUUGUCAUAUUCCAAGCAAUUGCAUCUCAGUUCCCAGACAAGGGUCAAGCAGACGAACUUCGUGAAAAAUAUAUUGAAUUGACAGAGCGAAUGGAUCCCAAUGCGUUGCCUCCGGAGUGCACGCCAAACAUAGAUGGACCGAUUGCUGAAUCAGUGCAUCGUGAACAAACAUUACAUUCGUUUCACACGUUGUUUUGUCGCCGCUGCUUCAAAUACGACUGCUUCCUACAUCGUCUUCAAGCAUGUCAUCCUGGUCCAAACUUACAAAAGCGCAGAGGUCCAGACUUGAAACCGUUUACGGAAGCAUGUGGAUCUGAUUGUUACAUGCAUUUGGAGGGUGUGAAGGAAAAGCUCGCCGAAAAGGCAAAGCAAGAUGAACAGGAUGAACAGGACAAAGUUUAUAAGCAAGAAUCCGUCGAUUCUGGUAAUGAAGCAAGUUCUGAAGACUCGAAUGAUUCCAAUAAGUAUAACAAAGACGAAACUGCAAAUGAUGUAUCCACGACGACGGCCUUCAGUUUACUUGGACUGAUGGGUAAAGACGACCAUUGCGAAUGGACUGGCUCCGAUCAGAGUCUUUUUCGAGCUCUUGUCAAAGUUUUUCUCAAUAAUUACUGUGCAAUUGCACAAAUCAUUCUCACAAAGACCUGUCAACAGGUUUAUCAAUUCGCCCAAAAAGAAGCCGCGGAUUUGCCAACGGAGGACUCAUUCAAAGAUUAUACACCACCUAGGAAGAAGAAGAAGAAGCACAGGCUUUGGUCGGUGCAUUGUCGCAAGAUUCAACAAAAAGACUCCAGUAGCAAUCAUGUGAAUAACUUCACGCCAUGUGAUCACCCCGGGCAAAGUUGCGACGCCAUGUGUCCUUGUAUAGGAGCGCAAAACUUCUGCGAGAAGUUUUGCCAAUGUAGUUCGGACUGCCAAAAUCGCUUUCCGGGAUGUCGAUGUAAAGCACAAUGCAACACAAAACAAUGUCCGUGUUAUUUGGCUGUUAGGGAGUGCGAUCCUGAUCUAUGUCAAACAUGUGGUGCUGAUCAAUUUGACUUAACUAAGAUCACAUGCAAAAAUGUGAGCGUACAACGUGGUCAACAUAAGCAUUUGUUAAUGGCACCAUCAGACGUUGCUGGCUGGGGCAUCUUUUUAAAGGAUAGUGCACAGAAAAACGAAUUCAUCUCCGAGUAUUGCGGCGAAAUUAUUUCCCAAGAAGAGGCGGACCGAAGGGGAAAAGUGUACGAUAAAUAUAUGUGCAGUUUUCUUUUCAAUCUUAACAAUGAUUUUGUUGUUGACGCCACACGCAAAGGCAACAAGAUUCGUUUUGCAAAUCAUUCGAUCAAUCCGAAUUGCUACGCGAAGGUUAUGAUGGUGAACGGUGACCACCGCAUUGGCAUUUUUGCCAAGAGGGCCAUACAACCAGGUGAGGAACUGUUCUUCGAUUAUAGAUAUGGGCCUACUGAACAAUUGAAAUUUGUUGGAAUUGAAAGAGAGAUGGAGUUUUUGUAGGUAAUUAUUUCGUAUCAAUUGUUUUCAACAUUUUUCAAUUAUUUGUAAGCACGGAUAAGUUGUAGCACUGCCAGUUUUCAUGUUUCAAUCAUAGUUCUUUAUUUUAUUUUUAAGAUUAUUUUAAUGCAGACAAGAAUUCAUUCAUAGCUUUUCUAGACAUUAAAAAAUUUAAAAAUCGAUGUUAAACAUUUUAUUCACUUCAACAAAGCAUUUCGUAUACAUCGACCUAGAUAGUUACAUAAUUAUUUAAUAUUAACAUUCGAUAACAUAUUAGGCAUACAAAAUGACCAUGUCUAUGAGAAUUAAUCGCAUUUGUAAUUUUCAUUUCAAUAUAACUUUAAUAUAACAAAAUGAUGAAACGAA